AUGUCAUUCCACGCUCCCGACGAGCCAGUUCCACACCCAAUGUCUACACUAGCCCGCGACAACCCCUCAUCGCUGCGCAGCUACGUCCAGCGUGUUCGACAGACUUUUCGCCUGCCGCCGCCCAUCCAAAGUGAUGUCUGGCUACGCCUGUUGUUCCACAUGCUGCCAGUUAACAGCCGCUUCUUCUACUUGCAAACUACCCGCCCCGAUGCCAUCUACUGUACGUACGGGUGUGGCAUCAUUGAGACUCAGUCACACACUUUCCACUCGUGCCACCGGGUGCACCCAGUUUGGCUAUUUCAUGCAUCCGCCUGGCGGCGCUUUGGUGUCACAUUUUCGUGCGAGUCAAUCUUCGACGUUGACAGUUUCGCUGUCAACCCCUGCAGUGUCCCACGUAAGGACGCAAUACAACUACUGUGGACACACCUCGUGGCCACGAUCCUCCACCUCAUCUGGACCCAACACAACUUGAUCCAGUAUGAAGACCAACCCCCACUACCACCGGAUGCAUGGCACCAGCUCACGUUCAUUGGCUGGAUGACGUCCGUUCGCCGGUGGCUCCGGCUCCAACUUCCCCACUGCCCCCUUCGCACCACUGUGCUCCAAGUAUUGUAUUCACUUCGCGGCCACCCCAACUACCGUGUGCUGUGGGUGAAGUACCCUCACUGCCUGCACCUCCUACCAUCGCCUCCCUCCACCUAG